AUGAACUCAGAAAAAUGCGAUCUGUUGGGAAUGAAUUAUAGAACAGACACACAUGAUUUUGCAAAGGGUGACAGCCACUACCAACUUCGCCGUGAGUUGUGCGAUGAGGGAGUUACGGACCACGUAACAUUGGGUUUAGCCUUAAAUAAGUCGUUCGAUGGAGGCGGUCGAGGCAAGUACUCAAACCUGCAUCUGAUUACCGAAACUGGUGCGACUGACAAUCACCAAAACGUCACAGAGUUUCGUCUUAGCAAUGGCUCCCCCAAUUCUCAAGACAAAAGCCAAUACCUCGCCACUACCAACGGUAGGGACAGCGCCAUACAGCACAGAGAUCUCCAUACAGCAGUAGAGUACGCUUUCUCUAUAGAGGAUAUUGAAUAUACUUACCAUGGUGAGUGGAAUUGUCUUAUCAGUACACGGAGCUGCAUUGACGCAGUCAAAUAA